CUUCCUGAGGCUCCACGUAGAGCUCAUCUCCGAUCCUGGACAGAGAAUUGAUGGCUUUGGCCAACACUGGACGAGUUUGAGGAACGCUGCCGUCGCUCCUCCCAUCUCCAUUGAUAUAAAUGGCCGUGGCUGAAGAGUUGUGACUAAACCAGCAUUUGUGUACUGAAACCAUGGACGUUUUGUGAAAAGGAAAACACAGAAGAGGACCAGAGUCUGGAAUAGUUGAGUCCGGUUAAGCUUUCCACCACGACAAAACGAAAAGAGACAAAUGGCUGCUGAAACUUUUGUUGAUAACGGAGGAUUGGAGUAUGAAAGCAAAACAUCCACGAGUAGAUUUACAUUCAAGCGGAGGAAUUCCAACGGUAACUGAUGGACCUGUUACGACAUUUAGGUUGCGGAAACUCUCAAGAAGAUAUUGGAAAAAGAUUAGAAUAUGAAAACAAACGGAAACCACCACCACAGGAGUCUCAAGGGCUGACGUAUUGGGUAUGACUGUGUGGAAUCCACCUCUGUUCGUUGUGUGUACACUCAUCGUUGGCAUACUUUCCUGUAAAUCGUGGAUUUGAUACGCAGCAGUUCUGUUCCUAGAUGUCUCAGCCAGAUGAUCCAAAAGAAAGUCAGUCUCUGCUGCAGUCCAUGCUGCAGAGACUGAAUCUCAAGCAGGUAAUAGAGGCCCAGGAAUACCGGCACACACCGGCACCCGCCACAGCUGCUUGGGGGGAUUGCGAAGAAAGAGGAGCCGCCAUCAUCCGGAAAGUAAACAGCUGUCCUGUAAAUGACUUUGAGCCACAGCCAGGUCUUUGUGAAGGGGGCAGGGGUCCUAUUUCCUCCCCCUCCCAGAAAGACAACAUUGAUGCUGACACGGGUGAGGAAAGGGUGCUGGGGCAUGCCACUCAGCCUGGUAUCAUCCCAACAAGAACACGGCAGCGGUUUCCUGCUGAGUCACGCAAGGAUGCUGAUAUCACUUCCUGUGAGAGGACUGAUGGGGCGAGGGGCAGUUCUGGCAGUACUGCGGUGACAGGGCGCGUCCCCAGCAACAACAAUGAUGUCACAGCGAUGGGACAGAGGUUUGGAGAUUUGGCAAAAAAUAGGGACAUGCAGAUUGUUGCGACGAGCAGUUCAAGAAUGAAACCGCCAUUGUCUGAGAAUAAAACAAAAAGAUGGACCCAGAAAAUCAAGGAGAGAUGGAGGCACAGGCCAGGGAGUUUCAGCAAUCCAGGGGGGAAAAAAGGAAUUACAUUAGACCUGAAAAAGGAACCUGAACUGUUCACAGCAAUAAGUGUCGUCAAGACAGCAAAUAAGGUGGAAGAAAGGAGCCUUCCUCCCGUCGACAGCACCGAUCCCAGUAGGCUGCCUGCUACUCGCACGGAAGACAACGCCAACGAAGGAUGUAUGGGAUCACACAGCGACUUUCAGUUGGGCCUGGGCUCCUUUAGCUUGCUGGAGGAGAUUGUCACUGGUCAAAAGUGGGCCAAGUUUCUAAAUCCCAACCAAUCAGCCGCUUCAGCAAACCAGAGACUUCCAGGACUCAAAAUCCCAUCAAAUCUUAAUGAUAGGGGUCAAACAUCUCCGUGUUUUAACGGGCAAGGAGGUGUGUACAACCAGCGGGACUCUGAGGCAUCCCCAGAUUCAGGUUUUAUAAUAUCGCCCGAUGCUUUCCAACCCGUCAGCAUGGAUGUUUUAGAAGCAAAGCAAGAUGCAGUACAACACGUUAGCAGUGAGGCUGAUACACCAGAACCAAUGGAGCACGGACACACCCGACCUUCUUUGUGUGCAGAGCCAAAAAACUUUCUGGAAUCCUCGGUGCUGAGGAAAAGAGCCCAACGCAGCAGGAAGAGGCCGUAUUAUGGAGAAGAGAUGCUUCCCAUGGAGGGAAUACACAAUGGAAAAGAGGCAGACAGAGAGGGGAUCACAUCUUCACAACGCCUAACAGGCAACCACGUGAUGGAGGAGACCGGAGAGGAACAGCGUAAGGACCAUGUGCCUCCAUACACCCUAAACUUUGCAUCUACUCCUCCCUCCCUUCCAGCACCCCGGGGUGUCCUCAAACACUCCAUAUCCCAGGACUCACACUCCUCGAUGGAAAUAAAAAGGAGGCGAGUUGAGGAGAACCGACGGGUUCAUUUUUCAGAAGAGGUGGUUGCCAUAGCGCCCCCGGGGCUGGACUCGUAUGCUACGGACUCUGAUUGUGAAGGCGGGGAGGCAGAGCUGGAGGGUGAGGCGCAGCCGGCGGCCGUAGAGGAGGUGACAGCCCCCGCACGCCGCGCUGCUCUGCCUGCCUGGAUACAGGCUCUGAAGAGGAGGAACAUAAGGAGGAAGCACAGAUAGACUGCACAGCCUGAAACUUGUCUUCUUUCUGGACAAUUAAAGCACCUCUGUGUCUAAUCGCUCCUCAUCCGCCGCCAAGAACGUCACCUUUCAAGAUGUUGAUUGAUCAAGUGUUAGAUAAAGAAUGACUAUCGUCCUGUUAUUGUCGCUCUCGGCUCUGUCCGUCAAUCCGGACUCUAUCGUAUAUUAUUGAAUCUCAAUGUGGAAAACAUAAGUAUGAUGAGGCUUUAGUUAAUUUACUGGAGUAAAUAUUCUCCCACGGAAAUACUGUGAUUCUCCUCCUUCUCCUCCAAUGUCAUACGGGCCCCCACAGCAGUGUCUCGUGGUAAUCCAUCCAUCUUCAACUGAUUAUCCAAGGUCUGGUCGCGGGGGCAACAGCUCCAGCAGGGGACCCCAAACUUCCCUAAGGCGUUCCCAGUCCAGUGCAGAGAUAUAAUCUCUCUACCUGGUCCUGGGUCUCCCCCAGGGGCCUCUUCCCAGCUGGACGUGCCUGGAACACCUGCCAAGGGAGGCGUCCAGGGGGCAUCUCUACCAGAUGCCCAAACCACCUCAGCUGGCUCCUUUCAACGCAGAGGAGCAGCGGCUCUACUCCGAGCUCCUCGUGAAUGGCUGAGCUUCACACCCUAUCUCUAAGGGAGACGCCGGCCACUCUCCUGAGGAAACCUAUUUCGGCCGCUUGUACCCAUGACCUAGUUCUUUCGUGGUAAUGUCUCCCUGAAAGAUGAACCCCAGAAGAGUAAAGGGACUUUGAGCUGAAAGGUUUCCUGCAGACUGUUGGUGGUUUCUGAUUGUCUGCAGCUCUCCGUUCAGCGCUUGAAGAGCUGCAACAUUAUUCUGAAACCAUUUGCUUGCGGUCACACACUCAUAGGAUUCUUUUUUUUAUCAUAUUCUGUUGUUUUUAAGUGGUGGGACUGCAGUUAAAGUGAUGCUUCCAUUUGAGUCUACCAACAUGGGAGACCGUGCAGCUACAAGACAAUAUGAAAGGAAUGCUUUGAGAUGUUUUUGCAGAAUGUGUGUUUGCUUCCUUUAUGUGAGAUGAGCAUAUGGACAACAUUGUCAUGUAUGUAUGUUUGUAUGAGAUUGUGUAUGUUUGACAGGGAUCAGUGCUGGCAGCUAGUCUGGUACAUAGACCCUGUGAAACAUCACUAGGAUGAGCAACAGCUUCGUAUUUACUGUAUGGAUUGUUAGGCAGAAAAGGCUGUUGUGGUGUGUGUUUGUCGACAUUGUUCCCUCACCUGAAAAACUAAAGAACAUAUUCAAGAACAAAACAUCUUGCAGCCACACCACAGUUACAGUUUGAUAAAUUAUUACUCUUCCAGUGCCGUUGUUGUGAAACAAUUUGCACAUUCUGUGCAGAGACAAGCUGCAGAUUUACCAGACGCGACAUUCAGUACUUUACAGUAACGUGUAUCAAAUUCUGUCAUUCAUUCUAUAUAUGAUAUUGAUUUGUCUGAU